GCUCAGAAGCAGACCGAAGCGCAGCAGCUUCAGUGAGCGAAACAUUCAGAGAAGGCAUGGACUCCAGCCACCACCCUCCAAAUGGCAAAAAGAGGGACAGGAAACCAGCGGCUGUUGGAAUGCUUUAAAACUUUAUUGUGUCCUGGCUUUGUUGAAAGGAUCUUUUAUUCCCUUUUUGAAACAGGGACACUCUAUCGCUCAGGGACGCCCGUCUGAAGUGGAAGAUGCCCCCGAGAUAGCGGCCUCGCCCUCCUCGCCGCUGCCCCUCCCUACUCCUCGGCCCCUUCCUCUGCCUUCCUGGUUUCGCCACCGUCACUGGCACCUGUGUCCCUGCAGCCAGCAUGCCGCCGAGGAAGAGGACGCGGCCGGGCCUCGGCUUCCUGUGCUGCUUCAGCAGCAGCGAGCCGCCGGAGAUCAACCUCAAGGACAGCGUGCCCCUGCAGCUGCUGGAGUUCAGUGCCCCCAUGCCGCCUGCGGAGGAGUUGCACGCACGUUUCUCUGAGCUGGUGGAUGAACUGGACCUGACGGACAAGAACAGGGAGGCCAUGUUCGCGCUGCCCAAUGAAAAGAAAUGGCAGAUCUACUGCAGCAAGAAGAAGGAGCAAGAGGACCCCAACAAGCUGGCCACCAGCUGGCCCGACUACUACAUCGACCGCAUCAACUCCAUGGCUGCUAUGCAGACACUGUUUGCUUUCGAUGAGGAGGAAAUGGAAAUGAGAAACAAGGUGGUGGAGGAUCUUAAGACAGCGCUUCGGACUCAGCCGAUGAGGUUCGUCACGCGCUUCAUCGAGCUCGACGGUCUCACCUGCCUCCUCAACUUCCUGCGCAGCAUGGACUACGAAACGUCCGAGAGCCGCGUCCACACCUCCGUCAUCGGCUGCAUCAAGGCCCUGAUGAACAACUCGCAGGGCCGAGCCCACGUCCUCGCCCACCCGCAGAGCAUCAACACCAUCUCGCAGAGCCUGCGGACGGAGAACGUGAGGACCAAAGUGGCCGUGCUGGAGAUCCUCGGGGCGGUGUGCCUGGUCCCCGACGGGCACAAGAAGGUGCUGCAGGCCAUGGCGCACUACCAGAAGUACGCUGCAGAGAGGACUCGCUUUCAGACGCUGCUGAAUGAGUUGGACAAAAGCACAGGGCGCUACAGAGACGAGGUCAACCUGAAGACCGCCAUCAUGUCCUUUAUCAACGCUGUGCUCAACGCCGGAGCCGGGGAGGACAACCUUGAGUUCCGCCUCCACCUGCGGUACGAGUUCCUGAUGUUGGGCAUCCAGCCAGUCAUCGACAAGCUGCGGGAGCACGAGAACGCCACUCUGGACAGACAUUUGGACUUCUUUGAGAUGGUGCGAAAUGAGGAUGACUCUGAAUUGGCCAAAAGGUUUGAUACGAACCACGUGGAUACGAAGAGUGCAGGUGCCAUGUUUGAGCUGAUCAAGAAGAAGCUGAGCCACACAGACGCCUACCCCAACCUCAUCUCCAUCCUGCAGCACUGCCUGCAGAUGCCCUAUAAACGAGGCGGGGGGAGCAUGCAGCACUGGCAGCUCUUGGACCGGAUCCUCCAGCAGUUGGUCCUCCAGGAUGACAAGGGAGAGGACCCAGACGCCGCCCCCCUGGACAACUUCAGCGUCAAGAACAUCGUUCGCAUCCACGGCUUCCACCAAUCCUCAAGGCUGGUCAACGAGAACGAGGUGAAGCAAUGGCGAGACCAGGCAGAGAAGUUCAGGAAAGAUCACCUGGAGCUGCUGGGUAAACUGGAGCGGAAGGAGCGCGAGUGUGACACAAAGACCCAGGAGAAGGAGGAUAUGAUGAAGACUUUGAACAAGAUGAAGGACAAACUCCAGCGUGAGGGCGUGGAGCUGCGCUCAGCCAGGGAGCAAGUGCUCGACCUAUCCUCGCGCAUCAAUGACGUUUCUGGCGUCGGUGUGUCUUUCCCGCCUCCUCCUCCUCCUCCUCCUGGCGGCCCGGCGGCUCCGCCUCCAUCAGCAAUGACAGGCGGCUUUCCUCCGCCUCCUCCUCCGCUACCGUUCAGUUGCCCGCCGCCUCCGCCACCUCCUCCUCCACCGGGCGCUCCGCCCCCUCCGCCGGGAGCCCCUCCGAUUUUCGGAGCCCCGCCUCCUCCCAUUUCCUCUUUAUUCAACUCUGCGACCAGCAUGCGCUCCAAGUCCAUCCCCCAGCCUUCUCAUCCCCUCAAGUCGUUCAACUGGGCCAAACUAGGAGAGAACGUGAUCAACGGCACCAUCUGGAAUGACAUCGACGACCUGAGGGCCUUCAAGAUACUUGACCUCAAGGACAUCGAGAAGAUGUUUUCGGCGUAUCAGAGACAGCAGGACCUGCUCACUAACCAAUCCUUCAAGCAGCAGAAGGAGACGGGCUCCAUGGACGACCUAUACGUCAGCACGCGGAAGGUCAAAGAGCUGUCGGUCAUCGACGGUAGACGCGCGCAGAACUGCAUCAUUCUUCUGUCAAAGUUAAAAAUGAGCAAUGAGGAGAUCAAAAGGGCCAUCCUGGAGAUGGACGAGAGGGAGGAGCUGGCUAAAGAUAUGCUCGAGCAGCUGCUGAAGUUUGUCCCAGAGAAAAGUGACAUUGAUCUGUUGGAGGAGCACAAACACGAGCUGGAAAGGAUGGCGCGGGCCGAUCGCUUCCUCUUUGAAAUGAGCAGAAUUGACCACUACCAGCAGAGACUGCAGGCUCUGUUCUUCAAGAAGAAGUUUGCAGAGCGUCUGGCAGAAACCAAGCCGAAGGUUGAAGCCAUCCUGAACGCAUCCAAGGAGGUGGUCCGGAGCAAGAGGCUGACUCAGAUCCUGGAGGUGGUGCUGGCCUUCGGCAACUUCAUGAACAAGGGCCAGAGAGGCAACGCCUACGGCUUUAAGAUCUCGAGCCUCAACAAAAUCGCUGACACCAAGUCCAGCAUAGACAGGAACAUCACCAUGUUGCACUACUUGAUCAUGAUCGUUGAGAAGAACUACAAUGACACGCUGCACAUCCAGGACGACCUCGGCAGUGUGCCGGAGGCUGCCAAAGUCAAUUUGUCGGAGUUGGAAAAAGAGGUGCACAAUAUCAAAAGUGGACUGAAGGCUCUAGAAGCGGAACUGCACUACCAGCAGAGCCGGACACGGGAACGUGGGGACAAGUUUGUGGCGGUGAUCGGCGACUUCAUCACCGUGGCCGGCUUCAGCUUCUCUGAGCUGGAGGACCAGCUGAGUGAGGCCAGGGACAAGUUCACCAAAUCUCUGAAGCACUUUGGAGAGGAAGAAGGGAGGAUGCAGCCCGAUGAGUUCUUCGGGAUCUUCGACACGUUUUUGCAGUCGUUCAACGAAGCGCGGCAGGACCUGGAGAACAUGCAGCGGCGCAAAGACGAGGAGGAGAGGAGGGCCCGCAUGGAGGCCAUGCUCAAGGAGCAGAGGGAGCGGGAGCGGCGGGCCAAGAAGGGCGGGGCCUCAGACGAGGUCGGCGGGGAGUUCGACGACCUGGUGUCGGCGCUGCGUUCCGGCGAGGUCUUCGACAAGGACCUGAAUAAGUUCAAGCGGAACCGCAAGCGCUCCGUCAACCAGCUGGUGGAGGGUGGGGGCCGCGAGCGGGCCGUCACCAAGGUCAACUACUAGGUUGAGAAAAGGAAAGAAAAGAAAGAAAGAAAACACCAGACUGUUAAAUGGUGCCGUGGUGUCGCUCCCCUCACACCUUUAGGUCCACGUCCACCGAUGUUGGACAGGAUGUAAAUAGCGGCCGGAUGGACAUGUACAGGCGUUUGAUCUCGCCAAGCGGCCCCCAACCCGUUUUGUGAUCCCCUGAGGACAGUUGUGAUCUACGGAUGGACGGACCCCCCCGUGAGACGUCACCCCGUAUCGCUUCACCUCCGAACACUGUGCUCCAGCGUCCCCCUCACAGCCUCACACAGGACUCUGGACCAGCACUGUCUCAGACGCUUGGCCGGCAGAAUGUGUGGAAGUGUGGAAGACAGCUGUUCCAUCCGCAGUGUCUCCACAGGAAAAUUCAUGUCCUUUACUGGGGGGGGGAGAAAGGGACAAGAGGGUUGGCAAAUCUCAGGAUGCUCUGUGGGCUUCUGAAAGCGAGAGGAAGGGAAGGGGAAGCGUCCCGGGGAGCACGCGGUGUGUCAGGAUACCACUCGUCUCCUCAGCUGGACACGCUGGGUCCAUCCUCGCCUCCACCCGCCUCCACCCGUCAAUGGUUUCCACACCGGCAUCAAACCAGUGCCAAAGCAGAGAGAGAACCAAUGUACUCAUUUGAAAAGCACACUGCGGUUAUAUAUUUAGAUGAAGACAAGCUGAUUGCGAAGCUGUAGGGUUUGUUUAAAAAGAUAAAUGUUUUCAUGGCAUUUUGUGGGGUUUGUACACGAAAAGCGUUAUUUGUUGGUGUUGCAAGUUCACAUCGGUGUUGAAGUGGAUUUCUAGAUAUUUUGCGCUUAAUGUAAAAAAACAAACACUUAAUUGCUCGUCAUUUUCAUACCUGUGCGUCUCGUUUGCACUGUAGCGUCUCCGGCGGACCGGCCUCUGCCCGGCCCGCGCCGGCCUCUCUGCAGCUGUGCAGCAGCUCUGGUUGGGCCUCCACUGAGCGUGGGGUCCAAACACGCCGGCUCAGCACAGAGUGAGUGGACCAGUUGGGUUGAGGGUUUCUCAAGGUAAACCGAAGGCUGGAUCCGCUGUGUGGCAACACGUCGCACUGCGCCGCUCGGUGAGACUAUUACUGCAGAGUGAGGCCACAACAAGGCCCUUGGAGGUUGAAGUUCAGUGGCAGCCUUUGAGAGGCUUUCCUCCACCUUUCCUCCCAGCUUGCGAGUAGACCCCGUUACUAUGAGCAACCUAGGCCACCUUUCCUUCUCAAAUAUUCAAUGUAGUAUGAUUUUUUUAUUUUUAUUUAUAUAUGCAUGUCUGGAGCCUAAGCAGAAGGUGUGACAGGAGGACAGACAUGCAGCACAGGGUAGCUUGAAUCCUGGGGGCUGCUGUGGUGGGAGCCAGGGAGCAUCAUGGGUCAUCUAAGCACAGUGGGGAUGUGUUAAAAAAACAGAUCCAUAUGAAUGCAGGUAGAGGUCAACCACGCGCAAAGUUUCUAUGGGAUAUCCUGGGAUCAUCCAUUUAUGCGUUGCUGGUUACUCUAGGACAGUAUAGAGCCAGCAGCACAGGGGAAAGAUUGAGAAACGAACACAACUGAUCUUUUGUGUAUGUGUCAGCUGAGGCGUUCGCCCGCAUCAACAUGGGUUUGAGUUUCACAGGACAAAGUAUUCUCAUGCCUCAGUUUGUGAGGGCGGAGGGGGAAGCGGUUGUUCUCACGGUGACUGUGGCAGCUCCCUCGCCACUUGGCUCGAUGAGUUUACGGGAUUGUUGUUAAACUAAAGAAAGAUUACUGCAGUGGUGGCGGCAGACCCACUUUGUCUUUGUUAUCUCCAGCUUUUCUGUUCUGUUUUCACACAUGUACCAUUCCUUUCUGUCAUGUUUUUAGUUUGGCUUUCCCAAUAGAACAUGCAGUGACCGGCGGUUGGAAUCUGGCGCCAUCUUGUGGCUUUCGAUGGUUCACUCCGGUUCUUGAGCCCCUGACAGCCUCACUGUGUUGUGGCUGUGUGAUCGGAGAUGUUUGACCUUCUACCUGGAUGGAGAAAAUUCCAAUUUAACUUAACGGUUAAUUAAUGUGGAACUUGGCAGAGGAACCUCGUCCUUCCUGGGGUGUUUUCCAUUCAUUUGGACUCAAAUGGAAGCAGAGCAGGUGAAGUGUUGUUGAAAAGACAAAGGGACACUCCAAAGAUGAAACCAAAUUCAUUGGAACGUCCACAGCCCUGAGGGGAGAAUGCCGUAUGAUUGCCUAUUUUUUAACCAGCAUCUCAUUUAUAUUUGAGCUAUUGGAUUUCCUAACCUCCUUUUGUCUUUCCAAUUAAUCUGAGUUAGCGUACUUGGCAGAAAAUGUAAAACUCAAUCCAGAGCUUUGACCCCGUAUUGUAGUGCAGACUAUUUACUGGGGUGCAUGGACAGUAUUAUCACACAUUUAUGUUUCAUGUUUGGAUGUUUAUUUCGGCCAUUGACUGGCUGAUAGCUGAGUGUACAGGUGGAAAUCAGAGGAAUGACAUUUGUUCAAUGCACUUUUAUUAUGGGACGUUUCCAUUAGCGGCGCCAUUGCGAGGGUUUCAAACCCCUCUAGAAAUGAGAUGUGUGCACGAAAAGAAGAAGAAGCAGAAGAAAAGCAAUGUAAGUGGUGUCGCAUCACGCACUUGGCAUGGACCUGCACGCCGGAGGAAGUGUGCAGCGCGUGUGGCGUGUCCACUUGCAGCACGGAACACACCUGUUGCACCACAAUUUGUACUGCCUGAGAGAAAUUGCACCCAGUUUGAGAGACUGCGUAAGUGCGACGAGUCGGUAUUUUUAUGGUUGGAAAAAAAAAGUAUACUCCACCGAAAAGAUGUACAGUUGGAUAGAAAAUUUAAAAAAGCAUUUUGUACACAAUUCUUGAUGUUUGAAAUAGAAUUAAAAAAAAAAAAAAGAUUCAAACGUUGAGGAAUGUUCCAUUUUCCUGUAAAUUGUACCUACUAUUUAUUUGCCUUAUUUAGUUUGCUAUAUUUUGUAUGUACACAACGCAUUACAACAAGAUGUUAUAUUAAAAUCUGAAUAAUUAAACUGUGGUCUGUGUGUGAUGGAUAGUUUUCAGACGUUUUUUAAAUUUUUAUUACUUAAUUUUAGUUUUGUAUUUCACCCUGUCUUUUGUAGGGUUACAAUAAACGUUUGUCCCUUUAUAACA